AUGGUCAGCUUCUCAUGGGUAUCAAGGUCGUUACACCAUCCUCAAGGGAAACGAGGACUAAUUUCCACAUUAAUAUGCCUGGCGUGUGUUGGAAUUUUGGCAUAUUGCGUAUCAACGAGCCACUCGAUAGUUCUAAUGUCAACUCUUUGGAUUACGAUUUUUUCGUUUUGCUCCCAAUUCGCGUCUCUGUAUUCCAUGUCGAUAACCGAAAAACCAACGCAUAAAUUUAGUUACGGAUUAGCCAGAGUACCGGUUUUGGCAGUCUUUAGUACUACCGUGUUGGCUCAACUAUUUUCCAUCUUUUUAUCGAAGGAAUCAUUCGAGCACUUGUUAUCCCCUGAUCACCAUGGUUCUCAUGAUGCUUCAGCGGCUCACGAACAUGAAGUAGAAGAAAUCGGCGGCUGGCCAUAUUUUGUUGGUUCUGCUGCAUCUUCAGUGGCGCUGCUUCUCUCAGCAUACGCUCUUAAAAAUCAACCGUUUCAACAUGUUCUUCAAUCAGCAACGGCUUCAAGUUUGCAAGAGCAUGCAGCUGAUUUGUCCCAUGCUGUGUGCUGGGUUAUUCCUGGCCUUUCGCGUCUUCUUCUGCCAAGAAUCAAUUCAAUGGUAUUGUUAGCCUUGACGACUACUGGACUGAACUUGUUAUGUGAACAUUUCAAGCACGACUUCGCAUGGGCUGAUCCAGUAUGCUGUCUGCUGCUCUCUGUUGCUGUGUUCUCAACGAUGUAUCCACUAUCAACAUAUACUGGAAUGAUUCUACUUCAAACAACUCCUCCGCACUUGAUUAAUCAAAUUGAUCGGUGUAUUUCUGAAGCUUCUCACAUAGACGGUGUUCUUGAGUUGAAGAGUGGACGUUUCUGGCAACUGGAUUUUAACUCGCUGGUUGGCACUGUUGAUGUUCGUGUACGACGAGAUGCGGAUGAGCAGAAUGUUUUGGCUCAUGUAACCGAAAAGUUUUCAUCUGUAAUCACAGUGCUGACUGUUCAAGUUGUCAAAGACGCUGCAUGGUCUGCAGGAGAGCAAGUUCCAUAUUCGAAUGGACAUAUUCAUAAGAGUGAAGGAAAUCAUUCACAUGAUAAUGGGCAUGGACAUUCUCAUGAUCAUAAUGAUCAUGGACACAGUCAUGGACAUGAUGAUCAUGGCCACGACUCUCAUGGACAUAGUCAUGAUCAUAACGAACAUGAUCAUGGUCACAGUCAUGGAGGAAAUAAUGAUAAUCAUGGACACAGUCAUUCUGCAGGAUCAGACAAUCAUCAUGGACAUAGUCAUGACGGCGUUUUUUAUCAUUAGUGCUAUAGAUUUUUGUUGAAAACAUCGGGUUUCGCACUAUUUUGUAUUUCAAUCCUAUUUUGUAUUUCAAUCCAAUCUAGUUUAAGAGUUCAACCAAAAACUGAAUUUCAUGUCGUAUUUUCUGUACAUAUCCGGGCUGGCCCAGUACAUUUGUUUACCUCUUCUAGUGUUCCCGCCACCAAAACUUUAAUUUAUUUACUUUUUUCCUGGAUUUUAUAGCUGUGAUUGUAUUUUCAUUUCCCAUGAAUUCUCAUCUAGUGAUAUUUAAAUUAAUUAAUUUAUUCAUUGUUCCCUGUUUUUCGAAAGCUUUGCUCCUUCUUUUUACAAUUUAAUUUUAUAGAAUACAUUU